GAAUGGCCUGAGAUGCAGCUUCUGUUUUUUUCCUGACUCUACAGUGUUUUUUUUUUUUAUUUUAUUCUACAUGCACUCUCACUCGUUACAGUGGAACAAAACCUCAGCAUUUAAUGUCUGUUUCUUCUGUGUCUGCACAUUUUGUUGCUCUGUCAUUCCCAUUUGUGAAAUCAGAAGUAAUUAGCACAUUAAAUUUAUCUAAGUGACUGGGAAAGAUCCAUUAAUUUCCUGCAUAAAAAGACACUUCUUGCAAAGCUCAUUUUCCUGGUAGGAAAUAUGUUGGAAAGGACUGGGAGAGAUGAGCUGCUGUCUGUAACUUGGUCUGAUGCUUUUGUGCACUCCCUUAAAAUUUCCAAGUUUUAUCCCCUGUGUUAUGCUCUUAGAAUUUUUUUCUUCUUCUAGUCUUUAUUCUAAUGUUAAAACAUUUAUACUUUUCUGUCUAUAUGUACGUGUCUUUUGCUCAAAUGACAUUGGGAAGCAAGUAAGAUGUUUCAUGUUAUCUGGAUGCAGUUUCAUUCCUAGGAAGCACAUGUUUCCAGUGGAAUAUGGACAUGGAUUCCUCUCUUGCUCAUUAGCAACAUCAAGACUGACAUUUUUAUGACAAAUGAAGUGGAGAAGCAAACUCUGAGGGCUUUGCAGUCCAGGCACCUUGGAGGAGGAAUAUCUGGCACCAAAUUCCUGUAGAUCAAUGGGUGUUUACUGAGACUGGACUAUUUUUCAGAAGACAGGAUUUUUGUCAAUAUUUAGUGAUUGAUUCUAAGGAGACAAAGAAUUUGAAAGGUGAGCAAGUGAAAUUGCAGUCAUCAGUAUUUUAUCUGUGCUGUGCUGGUUUGCCUCCAGUAACCCUAAAUGUGCAAGUUCACAAAUUGAUGUUUUCUUUACGUGUAUAUUGUACAAAAUUAUAGAAAAUGCAAAUGACAAAUUUUUCUCUCCUGUCCUGCUUUCACAGAAAAAUGUAAGUGACUUUUGAUGUAAAUAUGAAUUAUUCCCACAGAACUGAAAAUCCAGCUUUAAUGCAGGUUUGCACAGAACCCUCAGAAUGUUUCUCUUGUGAAGAAAAACAGCCUUGAAGCAUGUUCAUGAUGUGUUCACACUGACUGUACAGAGAGAAUUACUGACCACUCUAAUGUGGUUUAUGAGUUGAGGCUUUUUAAAAUAUAGUGACAUUCCUGUGCUCAAAGCUGUACGAUUUCCAAGCAAUGUAGGAUUUCAGAGCAUGUCUCUCAGCCAGCUGUGCAGCAGUUCAGGUAUGAUGUGUUCCAGUCUCCACUGCUGGAAUUCCAGGAUUUUGCAUUCAGUGACAUGAGGACAGUAUUUGUCUGCUUAAAAUGGGUUGAUAAGAAACCAAACAAAAAAAAGCAACCUGUUCUACCUUCAGCAGAGUGUGUUAUCUCUGAGGGUGGGAGGCCCUGGCACAGGGUCCCCAGAGAAGCUGUGACUGCCACAUCCCUGGAAGUGUCCAAGCCAGGUUGGGCUUGAAGCAACCUGGAAUAGUGGAAGGAAACCCUUCCCACAGCAGAGGGAUGGAAUGAGGUGAGCUUUAAAGUCUCCUCCCACCUAAACCAUUCUCUGAUUCUGAAUUUGUUGCUUUUGUCAGGUUCUGUGUGGUUGUGAAUCAGACAACAUCAACCCUGUGGUUGUUUCAGUCACAUCUUAUCUGUGGUAACCUCUCCCUCUGUUUCCGUGCCUGUUGUCUGAGGUGACACUCGUCUCUAAAGGAUCACACACUCCAAAUUCCAUCAGGCACUGCCAUAACUCUGGCAAAGCCCUUAAGGGAUGAUUUUCCUGGGUGCAGGAAGCCCUCUGUGCUCAGCAUCCCAGAGAUCAGGUUAUGGCAGAAGCAGGGCUUUUUUCACAUCCCUGAUAGAAUCAUGAGAAUGGUUUGUGGCACAAACCAGUCAGAAAGUAGAGAAGAAAAGCAGAGAUUGUUGGGGUUUGAGAUUGUUCUGGCUUUGCCAGUGACUGGAGGAGGGGAGGCACUGGUUUUCAGCAGAGGUAGCUGAGGCUCAGCUCUGCAGUGAAAUGAACAGGAAGCUCUGGGAUGCUCUGGUUUGCUUUCUCCAUUCUGGAAUGGGUAAGGGCAGUGGGAACAAAUGGAAUAGAAGUAAAGACCUACUAAACUGUUCUGGCUGUGGGCACAGUGAGAAUGUGUCCAUCUGCCUCAUUUCUGGCAGAUGAGAGCCUGCUGUUUCUGGAAAACAUUCCUAGGCAAAAGGGGACUCAAAAGGGGCCCUGUAAGUGCUGACUUGAGGUGUUUGUGUCUUUCCUCACAGACUACUGGCUCAUCAUGUCCUCCAUUCUUGGGAAGAUGAAGAAGUUUGGCAGUUUUGACAUGGAGGAAUCUGAAGUGACAGAUGAACACACAGAUGGGGAGGACUCUGUCCAGGAAACCCCUGACAAUUCCCAGGGCCCACCCAGCACCAAGGUGCAGCCACUCAAAAGCAACAUUUUUGCAAGACGAGGCCGCUUUGUGAUGGGGGACAGUGACAAGGUCAUGGCUCCCAUGGACUCCUUCUGCCAGAUGGAUCACCUGAUGGCACCUUUCCAUGUGAAUUUGGAGAGGGGCAAACUUCACAAGCUCCUAUCUACAGAUUCCAUCACAGGCUGCUCAGAAAAAGCUUUCAAAUUUUAUGACCGCAGAAGGAUCUUUGAUGCUGUAGCCCAAGGCAACACAAAGGACCUCAGUGACCUGCUGCUGUACCUUAAUAGAACCUUCAAGCAUCUCACAGAUGAGGAGUUCAAAGAGCCUGAAACUGGCAAAACCUGUUUACUGAAAGCCAUGCUGAAUCUACAUGAUGGGAAAAAUGAUACCAUUCCCUUGCUGCUGGAUAUUGCAAGGAAAACUGGAACUCUGAAAGAGUUUGUUAAUGCAGAAUACACUGACAACUACUACAAGGGCCAGACUGCUCUUCACAUUGCCAUCGAGAGGAGGAACAUGUACCUGGUGAAACUCCUGGUCCAGAAUGGAGCAGAUGUUCAUGCCAGAGCCUGUGGGGAGUUCUUCAGGAAAAUCAAAGGGAAAUCUGGCUUUUAUUUUGGAGAGCUGCCUUUGUCCCUGGCUGCCUGCACCAACCAGCUCUGCAUUGUGAAGUUCCUCCUGGAGAAUCCCUACCAGGCAGCCAACAUUGCUGCUGAGGACUCCAUGGGCAACAUGGUCCUGCACACCCUGGUGGAGAUUGCAGAUAACACCAAGGAUAACACCAAGUUUGUAACCAAGAUGUAUAAUAACAUAUUGAUCCUUGGUGCCAAAAUUAACCCUAUCCUCAAGCUGGAAGAACUCACCAACAAGAAAGGGCUGACUCCUUUAACUCUGGCAGCCAAAACAGGGAAGAUAGGGAUUUUCGCUUACAUCCUCAGACGGGAGAUCAAGGACCCUGAGUGCAGACACUUGUCCAGGAAGUUCACUGAAUGGGCCUAUGGACCUGUCCACUCCUCUCUUUAUGACUUAUCCUGUAUAGACACCUGUGAGAAAAAUUCAGUGCUUGAGAUCCUUGCCUACAGCAGUGAGACACCAAACCGUCACGAGAUGCUGCUGGUGGAACCCCUCAACAGGCUGCUGCAAGACAAGUGGGACCGCUUUGUCAAGCACUUGUUUUACUUCAACUUCUUUGUCUACACCAUACACAUCACCAUCCUCACUGCAGCUGCUUACUACAGACCUGUACAGAAGAAUGAAAAGCCUCCCUUCACCUUUGGUUACAGCACUGGGGAAUAUUUUCGAGUAACUGGAGAGAUCCUGAGUGUACUGGGAGGCCUCUAUUUUUUUUUAAGAGGGAUCCAGUAUUUUGUACAGAGGCGCCCGUCACUCAGGACACUGAUAGUUGAUGGCUACAGUGAGGUUCUUUUCUUUGUCCACUCCCUGCUCCUGCUGAGCUCUGUGGUGCUGUACUUCUGUGGCCAGGAGCUCUAUGUGGCAUCCAUGGUGUUCUCCUUGGCCCUGGGCUGGGCCAACAUGCUCUACUACACCCGGGGCUUCCAGCAGAUGGGAAUUUACUCCGUCAUGAUCGCCAAGAUGAUCCUUAGAGAUUUAUGUCGCUUCAUGUUUGUCUAUCUUGUAUUCCUCUUGGGAUUUUCUACAGCUGUGGUGACUUUGAUUGAAGAUGACAACGAGGGGCAGGAAACAAAUAUCUCUGACUAUGCCCGGUGCUGCCACGUGAAACGAGGCCGCACCUCCUACAACAGCCUCUACUACACCUGCCUGGAGCUCUUCAAGUUCACCAUUGGCAUGGGGGACCUGGAGUUCACAGAGAACUACAGGUUCAAGUCUGUGUUUGUCAUCCUGCUGGUGCUCUAUGUCAUCCUCACAUACAUCCUCCUGCUCAACAUGCUCAUUGCACUGAUGGGGGAGACUGUCAACAAAAUUGCACAGGAGAGCAAGAGCAUCUGGAAGCUCCAGAGAGCCAUCACAAUCCUGGACAUUGAGAACAGCUACUUGAACUGUCUGAGGCACUCAUUCCGCUCUGGGAAGCAAGUCCUGGUGGGCAUCACACCUGAUGGCCAAGAUGAUUACAGAUGGUGCUUCAGGGUUGAUGAAGUGAACUGGUCCACGUGGAACACUAACCUGGGCAUAAUCAACGAAGACCCUGGGUACUCUGGGGACCUCAGACGAAAUGCCAGUUUCUCCAUUAAGCCUGGCAGAGUUUCAGGGAAGCACUGGAAAACAUUGGUUCCACUUCUAAAAGAUGGAGAGAAGAGGAGAGAAGAGCCUCACAAGCUGCCAGAAGAAGCCAAAUUAAAACCUGUUUUGGAGCCUUAUUUUGAGCCAGAAGAUUCUGAGGUGUUGAAAGAGUCAAUUCCAAAGUCAGUCUAAUUCUGUUUGCCUGUGCUGGUCCUCACAAGGGGGACAAUAGAGCACUUCAUGUACAGGAGCAGGGACUUUUGGAAAAAGGUCAGAGGACGUAGGGAAUUACCUUUAUUUGAUU